CAUUAAUAAUAAUUUUAUCACGGUAAGUAUUACAUUUAGUUUGCCAAAUUGGCCAAAUAGCUGGACUAUUUUGUACAUGAUUUCUAGUGAAGAUGCAUUUUUCUUUUUCAGUGAAUUAUGGAUAUCUUCCUUCGAUGUUCACUAAAACCCUGAAUUAUCACUAACUUAUUGCUUAUAGAUCAUGUUUGCAAGAAGGACAUUCAACUUAAUGAGAGGCUCUUCUAGAAUUUGAAGGAGUAUCCCUAAAAGAAAUUAUUCGCUGAAAAUUCUCCAGAAUGAAUAUUUCCCUGACUCUUUUGAAGCAGAAUUCGAAAUUGAUGCAGCUGAAGCCAAUCCUAUCAAGAUGUUCCUUGAUGAAGAGUUUAUUAGAACUCUCUCAGAGAGGCAAAGGAUGGCUAGGCUGAUUGAAGAGGAUCCUGACAACUUCCCAGGCAUUUCUCACGGAGAAACCAUUACUGAUUACUUUGAGAGACAAUACAAAGGAAUCUUGCCCCAGGUUGUUGAAGAUUUCAAUUUUAAUGCUCUCCCAGAGCCAGAGCCUGCCACUAUUGAUGAUGAAGCAGGAGCUGAGGAUCCUACUUCUCACAUUUCUAAGAUAAAGAAAUAAAGUUAAUUACUGGCCAACAUAAAUUAUAUCAUUUAUCGUAAAAUUUAUA